AUGGCGCACGCGGAAGUACGGCGCGACGCGCGCCCGCCCACAGCUCGGGCAGCACAACACACUAGCCUCACACAGAUGUUCAGCAAGAGCAGGGGCAAGACUGUACGAGGCUGUGUGCAGUGUGGCAAGCCGGUCGACAUCUCCGAGUUCCCGUGGCAGGUGUCUGUGGAGUACGUGGGCGCGCACCGCUGCGGCGGCUCCGUCGUCAGCGCCGGCUGGGUCAUGACGAACGCGUGGUGCGUCGUGGGCGGCGAGCCCAUGUACUACCUGCUGCGCGUCGGCACGUCGACCCGAGGCAGCGGCGGAGACACCUACAACGCCAGCCGGCUGCUGUGGCACGAGGACUUCGACAACGCCAUCUCCGACAAAGACAUCGGCUUCUUCGAGGUCUCGGUUGCCAUCUCGUUCGAUGACAACGUUCAGCCCGUGGCGCUGGCGGAGGAGGAGCCGGCGGCGGGCAGCCAGGUGACGGUGUCGGGCUGGGGCAGCGUGGACGCGGGCCAGGGCUACCCGGUGCAGCUGCACGCCGCCAACACGACCGUGCUGGACCGCGACGCGUGCAACGCCACGUUCGAGGGCCAGCUCAUCACCGACGACAAGAUCUGCACGGCCGGGCCCGACGGCGGGCUCGACUACUGCAACGGCGACUACGGCGGGCCGCUGGUCGCCAACGGCACGCAGUACGGCGUCGUAUCCUGGGGCUACGGCUGCUACUUCCCGCAGUACCCGGGCGUCUACACCAACGUCGCCUCGCUGCGCUCCUGGAUCAACGAGACCGUCGGCGUCUAGCCCCUUCUCCUCUUCUCGCCCUUCCGCGUUCACAAAUUUACCUCGCGUUUCCAGGCGCGUGCACGUGCGCGGAUGACGGCGAGUACAGUUUACGACGUAUUCGUUCGACUGUAUCUAAAUGUUUCACUCUACUUUUUUAAUAAAAUUCUUCCGCCGGUGAACACUCGUAGCGAAAUAAAAGAAGCGCAGCAUUUUGCCUCAGACUGCAGAACUGACCUAUAUGCGAUAUAUAUUUAUCGAGAGGGCGCAGCCACUGUGGAGUCUGCGAGUGGCACAGUUAGAGUAGCUUCUCUGAGAAACGAAAAGAAGAUGUAUAUCGCGUGUGACCACAUUAGCAAUAAACUACUGUAAUAUGUGUCUCAUUUUAAAUCCGUCUGUAUAAUUUUCGUUACUUAAUUAAUGGGUAAAUUGUAGCAAAUUCUGCAGUCUGGAAGUUAUUUUAAUAUCUACAAUUCACGCUAGUGAAGUAAAUCAUUUAGUGUUACGUUCUUACUCGACACCAGAGAUGAGGGACUUACCAAAACAGUAACUCACUAAAUUUCGUCGAGUACCUCUCCUAAUCGAGAAGGGCUUUUAUCGUACUAUAGUUUUUCUGGACCAAUAUUUUUAAACGCGGAGAAUUCGGCAAACAAACGCACUUGUCGGUUGUUGUUUACAGGAAGGUUUGCGUCAUAUUCAGUGUUACAUAAAAACGAGUAAGUGGAUCCUCGGAAAUUCGAAAUAAAAAAUUUUGUAAUCAGAGGAUACUGAUAUAUCCACAAAUUAAUGCUUACAACGCCUACCACGUUUAAAUAGAUACGUUAACGUCAUUUAAUUCUUAUUUCUGUAAAAUGCAACACUCGCCAAAAUGCUGCUUAUAAUGCAGAAUUGUCUACCAUACACUAAAGUAUAACUGUUUCGAAUUAUGAAACGAGUUUUGCCUUUAUAAUAUAUGUAAUGAACUGUAAUUUAAAGAGUAAAUAAUUUCACGUUUCUGUAAACUUUCAUCACUUCCGAGAACCAAGAACAUAUAGCAGCAAGUAAUAUCCACAGAUUCAACAGUGUCACACACAAGUGUCAUCUAGUACGCGAGAAGAAAAUGUUAAUAAAGCCUUAAAAACAAAGACACUAAGACCACGGCAGUAACAAUGUGAAACGAGCAGAGAAUGCCGCAUUUAAAUUCCACAGCUGGAUACUCACACAGUGACUCUACGUGGGUAACUUCGUCAUGUCGAUGUAGACGUUUUUCGACACGGGCUCAGCUGGAAGUAAACUGCGUUGUGCUCGUGCACUAGUGAGUUCUACUGACUUUUUACUUUGGUUGACGUUUUUUCGAGUUCACACAAGCAAUAUCACGGUAAGUAGAAGAGAGGCAGCGAUAUAAGUAGUGCUAGGCAUUUACGUGUGAAUGAUAAAUCCCUUCCCUCGAAUAUUUCCCUCCUUCAUACCUCCUCUGGGUUAGCGCAGAUGACGUGCCACUCAUCUCAUUUGUACUAAAACUACAGUA